AUGGCAGUCAAACCCAUAACCACCCACCUUCUCGAGAUAUACGCGUGCACGUCACUCAUCGUCAACGUGCAGCCAAGACCGAUCAUCCUGGACGUAUGCUACACUGAUUCACUCUGA